AUGUCUUUGACACCACUGUGUGAAGAUUUACCACAAUUUCUGCAAAACUAUCUACCGAAUGCUGGUCAAACGGAAAAUACCAUUGUGCCCUUUGUCACACUAACUUAUGCUCAAUCGCUCGACGCGAGAGUAUCUAGGGGCCCUGGAGUGAGGACUACAAUUUCACAUCCCGAGACCAAAACAAUGACGCAUUAUUUGAGACAUCAUCACGAUGGAAUACUCGUAGGAAGUGGAACAGUGCUAGCUGAUAAUCCUGGAUUGAAUUGUAAAUGGGGUCCCGAUCCGGCUGCAAAUUCCCCAAGGCCAAUAAUAAUAGAUACAAAGCAAAAGUGGCGAUUUGAUGGUUCAAAAAUGCAAGAACUUUUUAUUAAACGACAGGGUAAGCCGCCAAUCGUUGUUGUCACAAGUGAGCCCAUUAUAAAAGAACAACAUGUAGACUACGCAAUUUGUCCAAUAAAUGAUACUACGAAAUUGGUCGAUUGGAAGAAAUUGUUUGAGAUAUUAAAAGAAGAAUUCAAUAUAAGGUCAGUAAUGGUUGAAGGAGGUGCCAAUGUAAUAAAUCAGUUGUUGCUGAGGAGCGAUAUUGUCAACAGUCUUAUAAUAACUAUUGGAUCAACAUUUCUGGGUAGCUCAGGCACCGAAGUUAGCCCACCCCAAACAGUAAAUUUAAAGGAUAUGUCAUGGUGGAAGGGCAUUACCGAUGUGGUGCUUUGUGCGAGACUGGCCGAUGACUAA